GGAGUGGGCACCCACACUUGUCUCCUGGUUUUGGCAACGCCUCCCGGGUAUCCGCCGCGUGAGCAGGCGGUGCACCCACAGAGUCGGAGUCGGGUAGACCCGGGGGCGAUCUGGAAGGUGACUACGGCCUGGCAGGGACAAGGAACGCUGUGCGUCUCCCAGGCCGCGAGGGGAGGGACCGGGAUGCGCGCGGGAGCUGAGGGUCACCCGAGGCCACUUCACUCUACCCUGCGCGGGUAGCUGGAGGCUGGACCCAAUGCCCACGGGUACGGGUGAUCAGGGAGAGGGGAGCGCCGCGGAAAGAAGGCGGCGGGCGGGGCCUGGAGGGGCGGCGUCGCGCGGGCUCCACCUCCUCUUUGCCCUCCUCGGGUUCUGCCGCCGUGCCGCCCGGCUGCUCCGUCCUCGGGCGCCCGCGGCGAUGUUCACCCGCGCCGUGAACCGACUGAGCAGGAAGCGGCCGCCGUCUGAUAUCCACGACGACGCGAGCUCAAGCAGCAGCCAACAAGGCCUCAUGAGCACCGCCAGGUGGGCGACCUCCUUGGAGAAUCUUCUGGAGGAUCCGGAAGGCGUGACAAGAUUUAGGGAAUUUCUGAAAAAGGAAUUCAGUGAAGAAAACGUCUUGUUUUGGCUAGCAUGCGAAGAUUUCAAGAAGGUGGAGGACAAGAAGCAGAUGCAGGUAAAGGCCAGGGAGAUCUACAUGACCUUCCUGUCCAAUAAGGCCACUUCGCAAGUCAACGUGGAGGGGCAAUCUCGGCUUACUGAACAGAUCCUGGAAGAACCGCACCCUCUGAUGUUCCAGAAGCUCCAGGAACAGAUCUUCAAUCUCAUGAAGUAUGACAGCUACAGCCGCUUCUUGAAGUCCGACUUGUUUCUGAGGCAUGGGCGAACCGAGGAAGAGGAAGAGGAGGAAGAAGAAGAAGAAGAGGAAGAGGAAGAGAUUCCCGACACUCAGACCGCGGCAAAGCGAGCUUCCCGAGUUUACAACACCUGAGCCCCGAGAGCCGAGACUCCCACGGAACGGAGGGAUUGACUCUUGGAACUGUGCAGGGUUGUCAUUGUCUUGUCGUUUGAAUGUUUGAGGACUGAAGUGUGCAAGGCCUUCCGCGGGAGGUGUGUGUCCCCUCACCCCUUGCAUGCUUAACAUUCCAUUAAAAACAACAGCAGCAAGAAUAAGAAGCGA